UGGUUUUCGAGGGGUGUCAAUUUCAACUCCUAUCCUCCCAAACAGGCACUAUUUAUUUUGUUAUACUGAAUGUCUUAAUUUUUAAGAAAAUUUUACUGCUUUUAUAUAGGAAUAACGUGAAUUCUACAGCGAACCGUACGCGCAUAAUUUUUGCGCAUGUAACAUUUUUUAAUGUUACCCGUUGCUAAGUGCGUUGCUAACGCUGAGGGUAAUAGAAAAUAUUAUUAACUGCGUCUUAACCAAUCAGAUUUCAGUAUUUAACAUGAAAGUAUAACAAACAUAAAUAGUGCCUGUUGGGGAGAGUAUAAGUUGAAAUUGACACCCCGAAAAAACCAUUGUCAACCGACGCGAAGCAAACAGGCACUACUUAUAUAGUACAAUCUAACAAGACGAAGUUAUUGUAUAAUGUGUUAAAAACUUUGUAAUCAACGUAUAAGAAAUAUGUUCCAGGUAGUCAUAUACAAACCAUGAAAGAAAUAAAGUGAUUGGCUUAUUUUAACAGAUUAAAUGUCAUAUUUUCAAUUCAAUCUGCCCAAUAAAAUCCUCUCUUUAAAUGCCAACUUAACAAUCAUCACUAUAAAAGCAGAAAACAAUGAGAAAUAAAUUCAUAAGAUUCACUUAAAAUCAAACAUGAGGAGAAGAAUUCAAUGUAGCAUUGUUGGAGAGACAAUGGUUGGAAAAACUACCCUUUUGAAAUCUUAUGUCACGUGCAAACCGCCAGAAAUCUAUUCGCCAACAAUUUACGACAAUAUCAAAGGAUCUGUCGUUCUUGGCAAGAAAAAGUACAAAGUCAACCUCGUGGAUACUGCAGGCCAGCACGAGUACUCCAAUCUUUGUACCGCGACUUACAAAAAAAGCCGAGUGAUCAUCUUAUGCUACAGUGUGAUAGACAGACAAUCGUUCGACCGAAUUAAAACCUUCUGGAUUCCCGAACUCCGAAAGAAUCUGGGAAAACGCGUACCCAUUGUUCUUACAGCCACGCAUACAGACCUCCGAAAUGACAAAUAUAUCAAGAGAUGCAUAGAAGUGGUGUCGUCUAGCGAGGGGAAACAGUUGGCGGACAGUUUUGGGGCCAAGGGUUUUUAUGAAAUUUCCAGAUCCAACAUUUCUCAAACUAAUGACAUUUUUGAAUGUGCCGUCAAGGCUGUAGUUGGCGAGAAGAGGACAUUGUUUACUAUUUUUAAAAAAGUAUUUUGUAAUACCCGAAGAAAUAAAAACUGA